AUGGCCACUUUCCCCUGCCGGUUAUGUGGCAAAACAUUCCUCACCCUGGAGAAGUACACUAUUCACACUUACUCCCACUCCAGGGAACGGCCUUACAAGUGUUUGCAGCCUGAGUGUGGCAAAGCCUUCGUUUCCAGAUAUAAACUAAUGAGACACAUGGCGACUCAUUCACCACAGAAAUCUCACCAGUGCGCGCACUGUGAGAAGACAUUCAACCGCAAGGACCAUCUGAAGAACCACCUGCAGACCCAUGACCCCAACAAGAUGGCCUUCACCUGCGACGAGUGUGGGAAGAAGUAUCACACCGUGCUGGGCUACAAGAGGCACAAAGCGCUCCACGCGGCCAACAACGGCGACCUCACCUGUGGGGUCUGUGCCCUGGAGCUGGGCAGCACCGAGGUGCUGCUCGACCACCUCAAAGCCCAUGCCGAGGAGAAGCCCCACGCCGCAGUCAAGCAGAAGAAACACCGCUGCGACCACUGCGAGCGCUGCUUCUACACCCGCAAGGAUGUGCGGCGUCACCUGGUGGUCCACACAGGUUGCAAGGACUUCCUGUGUCAGUUCUGUGCCCAGAGGUUUGGGCGCAAAGACCACCUCACCCGCCACACCAAGAAGACCCACUCGCAGGAGCUGAUGAAAGAGAGUCUGCAGAACGGAGACCUCCUGGGCACCUUCCAUUCCAUUGCGCCACCGUUCCAGCUGAAGGCUGCCCCUCUGUCUCCUUUCCCCAUAGGGACGCCGAUGCAGAAUGGGCUUGCAGGUAGCUUGACAGCUGAGGUACACGGCCACCCCCACAGCCCCACAGAGCAGAUGCCUGUGCCACCCCUGUCAGAGGUCCUCCCCACCCUCCACUCUCCGCCUAACUCGUCUCCCCCGGGCCUCCAGCAUCACAAGUACAACACCACUUCUACCUCAUACGCCCCACUUGGAAAUCUGCCCAUCAAAACAGAGAAUAAAGGGUUUUGCAGUAUCAAUCUGCUCGAGGACUUGCCUCUGCAAGAGCCUCAGUCACCUCAUAAGCUCAAUCCCGGUUUUGAUCUGGGCAAGGGAAGUGCUGGUAAAAUCAAUCUGCCCAAAGAGCUGCCGGCAGAUGCUGUGAACCUGGCCAUGCCUGCCUCUCUAGACCUCUCCCCUCUCCUGGGCUUCUGGCAGCUGCCCCCUCCUGCUACCCAGAAUGCCUUUGGGAAUAGUGCGCUCGGCCUGGGGCCCGGGGAACCCCUGUCCCAUCGAUUGAGCUGUCUGGGGCCACAGCAGCAAGAGCCCACUCUAGCCAUGAGCACCAUGAGCCUGAGUCAGCUUCUGCCUCCCAUCCCCCACGUGUUCCCUGCUGCCACCGGCUCUGCCAUCCUGCCCCAUUUCCACCACGCAUUCAGAUGA